GGAGGCAUCUGGAAGAAAGCAAGACCCCAGGGGAUUUCAGCACCUAGGCAGAAACACUUGGGCUUUCCCGAGGGUGGCUGGCACUGGGUGGCCAAGAGUAAACGCGCCAGAGCCCGGCUGGCGAGACUGGGAUCGCACUGUACCGCUCCAGGGGUUCCCUGCGGGGAUCCCGGGGUCCUGGGUCCCGGCCCCCGCCGCCGCGCCCCGCCCAGCUCUGUCCCCGCAGCCUCACGGGCUGCUGGGCUUUGUGGUUCGCCCGUGCGGCUGGGCCCCUGCUGGGGGUGUCGUUACGAGCAUGUGCAGACAGCAGCCCAAGCCUUCAGGAUAAUUCCUUCAGCAGCACCGCUGUAACCGAGUGUGACGAAGACACAGUCUCUCUGCAAGAAGAUCAGACUGACUGCUCCAGUCUGAGAGAUGAAGACAAUAAAGAAAAUUACCCCGACGCCAGGGCUCCGCUAGAGGACUCCGCGGCUGACGUGCUGCGAUCCAGCAUGGGCAACUUCAAGUCCCGGAAGCCCAAGUCCAUCUUCAAGGCGGAGAAUGGGAGGAGCCACGGAGAAAGUCAGGAGACGGAGCAUGUGGUCCCCAGCCAGCCGGAGAGUCGGGGGAGAACAGGAACACCAGUUCAGGAGAGUCCACAAAACCACACCUUCAGGUGCCAAGAACCUGUUCAACCAAGUAUAGACCAGAAAGCUACCAUUUGGCCAAAGGAUGCUUUUGAAACUCAACAGGACUUCGAGGAGGGAGAAGCUACUCAGGUGCACGGCGUCAAGGAUCCAGCCCUGGUGGCCACCCAGAGUUCGCCAGCUGGAGGGGCGGAUGCGACAGAUUCUGUGCCAGGCCACAAAGAUGGGCAGAAUGAAGUUGACAGUGCGCCUGAAGACCUCCAGUCUGUUGAGACUAGCAGGCUGCUCUACCACAUCACGGAUGGUGACAACCCACUGCUGUCACCGCGAUGCGCCAUCUUCAGCCAAAGCCAGAGAUUCAACUUAGACCCUGAAUCAGCCCCUUCUCCCCCCAGCACUCAGCAGUUUAUGAUGCCCCGAAGUUCUUCACGGUGUGGCUGUGGUGAAGGCAAGGAACCACCGACCAUUACUCAGCUCACCAAACAUAUCCAGAGCCUCAAGCGGAAAAUUCGGAAAUUUGAAGAAAAAUUUGAACAAGAAAAGAAAUACCGGCCUUCACAUGGUGACAAGACAUCUAAUCCUGAAGUCCUGAAAUGGAUGAAUGAUUUGGCUAAAGGUCGUAAACAGCUCAAAGAACUAAAACUGAAGUUGUCGGAAGAGCAAAGAAGUGUUCCCAAAGGCCCACCUAGAAACCUGUCCUGUGAGCAACCUGCAGUCCCCAGAGAGAAUGGGAAGCUGGAAGCGGUGGGUGCUGAGCCAUGCUCCUCUGGAGAGGAGACUCCAGAUGCUGUGCUGACAUUCCUGAAGGAGAAGAGAGAGCAGCUUCCUUCUCAGGAGGAGUCUAAGGUAACUAAGCAAGACAAGAACCUCAUAAAGCCUCUGUAUGACCGAUACAGAAUUAUCAAGCAAAUCUUGUCCACACCUUCCCUUAUUCCAACAAUUCAGGAGGAAGAAGACUCUGAUGAAGACUGUCCACAGGGAAGCCAACAACUUUCUUUGCCAAAUCCAGCAUCCCGUGUUCCUACUGACGACCACCUCACCUACUCUAAUGAGACUGAGCCUGUUAGGGUCCUGCUGCCAGAUGAAAAGAAGGAGAUCAAACAACCAGCCCUUUCCAUGUCCAAUUUACAUGAGGCCACGAUGCCUGUACUUCUUGACCAUCUCCGAGAAACAAGAGCUGACAAGAAGAGACUUCGGAAAGCCUUAAGAGAAUUUGAGGAACAGUUUUUUAAACAAACAGGAAGAAGCCCACAAAAGGAAGAUAGGAUACCAAUGGCAGAUGAGUACUAUGAAUACAAGCACAUAAAAGCCAAGCUGAGACUAUUAGAAGUCCUCAUCAGCAAGCAAGAUGUGGCCAAAACUAUUUGAGGUUCAGGAAAUGUUUGUGAUCACUUUUACCCAAGAUAAGUCAAGUUUAUUUUCCUCUGCCAUUGUUGCUAAGUAGUUUUGACAACUGAAAAUUGAAGCACUUUAGUGGUAGUAUUUAUUAGCUAUUUUUAAGAGGGAGUGGCAAGUGUAAUUAUAAAUGAGUAGAAGGGAUUAAAAUGGGGGGGGGAUACAAAUAACAAUAUAAUUGGAAAAUAAAGUUCAAUCUCCAUGCCAAGGAAAAAACUUGGUAUAAUUAUUUCAGAAAAAAUCUAUUUUAUCAAAUCUAAAUAACAUAUAGCAUCCACCUAUUAAAUGGGCCACUUGUUAGAGAAAGUCAAUUUAGUAUCCAAAGAUUACUUAUAUUGACAUAUGGAAAAGAAUGUGGUUUUUAAAAAUUAGUAAGAGGAAGAAAAGAAACUUUAUUUUAUGUAGGAAGGAAUACAGCUAGUAAGAAUGUAAUUUAUUUGAAACUCCUAAUAGAUUUUUAAGUGAUAAAAAAAAAUCUACUACCUUGUCCUGUAAGUCUGCUAGGCUUUCAGCACCCUAAAAUAUACUAGAAUGUGUCACUGCUAAUUUUUUAUUUCUAUAUAAAAAUAGCACAUUAUUUUAUCAUUUACUUAAAAUUUUACAUUUCUGAUUACCAAAGUUCAUUCUGAUAGCAUGUACUUUGUGAAUUACCUUUGUCUAUAACUGACAGAUAUUUAUAUUAAAAUAAAAUAUUGUAUUAAAAUUUGAAAAUAGGUAUUUUGGAUAGAUGUGUCUGUAGUAUAUAAUCUAAUGUGAUCAUAGUUAUGAUUGCUAAUCUUUUUGUUUACUAUAAAAUUAUAUAACUAUUUUUCCAUUGGGAAUGUGUCUUUCUUAAUGUUCAAGGUCUAUACUUUGUAAAGUCAAAAAACUUUCUCAUUAACUGCAGUUGUUCCUCAUUCUGUACAAAAUGAAAGGUUUGGAAAUAGUUUGCUAUGACACCUUCGGCAAGAAGCCAGAAUACUUUAUUUGCUUCAUCAACUUUAGUGUAUAUUGUUUUGUUACUUUGUACUAGACCACAUGUUGAUUACUUUUGAUUUUGUAAUAAUAAGUAAAAGGUCAACAUUUUCUCUCUUGUACCAACCAUGUUUGUAUUUCUAUUUUCUGUAAUGUUUAAGCAUGAUGUUGAACAAUUUCACAUUUUCAUGUAGUUUGGAUGGGAAGAAUAUUGACUAUUUCAGAAGCAGACUAGAUCAGAGGCAACUAUUAUUUUCUCUGUAAUUACCUGAUAUUUUAUAACUUUUUGGAAUCAGAAUAAUGUCCUUCAUAAAUUUGUUUAAUUAAAGUCAUCUACUUAGGACACAUACACAACUACUUGAGGUUUACGAACUACAUCUUUGAUAAGGGAAAUGGUUUCGUGACAUGUAUACAAUUAAAAUGUAACUCUAUAUAUUCUAUAAGAUUGUAAAUAUUUUAUACAACAAUACAAAUAAAAUAUUUUUCUAUUAUA